AUGGGUAGUAUUUAUUCGCAAGAAAAAUUCCAAUCAAAAAUCGUUUCACAAUAUACUGAUGUUAUUGGGGAAAAAUUAGGUGGUAAAGUAUUAUCAUUUUCUGAUCAAUGGUUUGCAGAUGCUGAAAAUUUAAUUAAACCAAAAGCUCCAAUUAGAGAUGCUACAAGAUUUACAUAUGCUGGUGCGUGGUAUGAUGGUUGGGAAACGAGAAGACAUAAUGAAUCUGAAUUUGAUUAUGUUGUAUUUAAAUUGGGAGUAUCAUCUGCAAAUAUAAUUGGAUGUGAAAUUGAUACUGCAUUCUUUAAUGGAAAUCAUGCUCCAUUUAUUUCAGUUGAUGGUUUACAAAAUUAUGAAAAUGAUGAAACACCAGAUGACAAAUGGGAGGAAAUAAUUCCUAAAUUUGAAUGUGGACCAAGUCAAAAACAUUUCUUCGUCAGGGAUGAAAUUACAAGUAAAAAUUAUACUCAUAUUAGAUUGAAAAUGUAUCCUGAUGGUGGUAUAGCCAGAUUUAGACUCUAUGGGAAAGUAAUACCAGUUAUUGAAAAAAAUACAAUUUCCGAUUUUGCUUCAGUUUUGAAUGGUGGAGUUGCUAUAAAAUUUUCAGAUCAACAUUUUGGUACUGCUGAUAAUUUAUUAUUACCUGGUAGAGGUCAUGAUAUGAGUGAUGGUUGGGAAACAGCAAGAUCUAGAGAAGUUGGACAUACCGAUUGGGUAAUUAUAAGAUUAGGUACACCAGUUAAAUUAAAUGAGAUAAUUGUGGAUACGGCUCAUUUUAGAGGUAAUUUCCCACAGAAGAUCAAUGUAAAGGCAACUAAUGUAAAGGAUAAAACAGAGAUUGAAUCUAGUGAAUGGGAUUUAAUUGUACCUGAUUCAAAAACAAAAGCAGAUCAAGAGCAUAGUUACAAAGUUGAAUCAGAUAAGGUUUAUUCUCAUAUUAAAUUAACAAUUAUACCAGAUGGUGGUGUAAAAAGAAUUAGAGCAUUUGGUGUAAUAGAAUAA